AUGGCUGCCACGACGGAUGUCAAGAACUACAAGUUCAACCACUCGAUGAUCCGAGUGAAGGACCCCAAGGCUUCGGUAAAGUUCUACGAGACCCUCGGUAUGAAGGUCAUCAAGCAGAUCCAGCAGCCCGAGGCCAAGUUCGACCUCUACUUUUUGGCUUACGACUCGCCCAAUGCGCGGUCCGCCGGCAACGGCACGUUCGACCGUGAGGGCAUCAUCGAGCUGACACACAACUACGGCACCGAGAACGACCCGGAGUACAAGAUCAACAACGGCAACACGGAGCCGCACCGCGGGUUCGGACACACCUGCAUCAGCGUCGACAACAUCCAGGCGGCGUGCCAGCGCCUCGAGGACGCCGGGUACGCGUUCAAGAAGAAGCUGACGGACGGCAAGAUGCGGCACAUUGCGUUCGUGUUGGAUCCCGAUCAGUACUGGGUUGAAAUUAUCGGCCAGAAGCCGAUUGAGCAGACGGAGAGUAUCACCACCACGGAUGUGACCACCUACAGAAUGAACCACACGAUGCUCCGCGUCAAGGACUACGAAAAGUCGCUCAAGUUCUACCAGGACGUCCUGGGCAUGACGCUGAUCCGCAAGAACGAGGCCAGCGACUUCACCCUCUUCUUCCUGGCCUACGGCGACCUCAAGGAGGGUGAGAGCCAGGCGCAGCGCGAGGGCAUCCUCGAGCUGACCUGGAACCACGGCACGGAGAAGGACGAGAGCUUCAGCUACCACAACGGCAAUGAUCAGCCCCAGGGUUUCGGUCACAUUUGCGUCACGGUUGACAACAUUGACGCCGCGUGCGCGCGUUUCGAGGAGUUGAAGUGCAACUGGAAGAAGCGCCUCACUGACGGCCGCAUGAAGAAUGUUGCUUUCUUGUUGGAUCCUGAUAACUACUGGGUCGAGGUUGUUCAGAAUGAGAAGUUUGCCGGCAAGGCCAACUUUUAA